AUGAAAUUAACAACAUCAUCGGCUUUAGCCAUAUUAGCCUACUCUGCUUCAGUUAAUGGAUUUCAAGCCGUCAAGGCGUCUUCAGAAAAUGAACAUGCCGUUGUUUUAAAAAGAGAUGCUUCACCUCUUGAAUUAUCUCAAUUAAUUCCAGAAGAUGCUCUUAAAAAUAUUAACUGGGAAGCCUUAUUAGCUGAGUUAGAUGAUAUAAAGAUCAAAAGAGAUGUACUUGAUGUUGAAAUUUCUAAAAGAGAAUACAAGAUUGUUACUGAUGUUUUAGCAGCCAUUAACCAAACUCAGUUAGCUCCACUUAUUCUUCAUUUCUUUGCUACAGAUGCAACUUUCCAACCAAUUGUUAUUGAUGCGGUUGUAUUCUUACUUAAAUCUGGGAUAAUAAACUUCACUGCCCUUUUCAAUGCUUUAGAUGAAUCAAACUUAGUUGGUAACGUCAUAGAAGAUCUUAUUGCUGAUUGUGACCUUUAUGUCAAAUUAUUCAAUGCUGCUAAAGAUAUUAUUGGAAACUUGGCACAGAUAGUAAAAGAUAAAAUUGCUAAUGGUAUUGGUUCCUUAGUUUCCAAGAGACAAGUUAUCCCUUAUAAUCAUGACCUAUUAGACAUGAACAAAAGAGAUAUUGAUUUUAAUAAUGUCGUUGUUAAUUUAAUGGAAUCCUUAUAUAAUUCAGGUUUGGCUACUUCAGUAGUGAAGGAUAUUCUUACUGAUUCAAGUUAUAUCCCAUUUGCUACAAAUUUACUUAAAGCUCUUAUUAGUAAUAAUGCAUUACCAAUUGAUCAAAUUAUUGAUGCUUUGAAGGACACAGACUUUGCUGUAGAUCUCUUCAAGCAAUUAUUAACUAUUCAAAAUGCUAUCACUAUUGCUGAAAAUGCAUUUGCUGCAUUUGCCGGAACUUGUGCUGCUUCUGAAGCCCCAGGAGGUUCACCUACAACUGUAACUUCAGGCACUUCAAGUGGACCAACUUCUCUGCCAGGAACUUGUAAGAGAAGAAGAAAGAGAUCACACUACUAA